CCCGAAUGACUCAGUAAUUUGCAAGUGACCACUGCUGAAUCUGAUAGAAGGAGCGGUCUGGUCGCUACUACUGGACGGUAAGUUUUAUUUUGUUACUCAUGAUACUGAACAUCUUAUGCAUGAUCAUUACUUUUAUUUUGUAAGUAAUGUGCAUGAACAUAAGUCUCAUUUAGUUAUUUUUGUAACUUGGGCACAGACAUGCAUUUGUUUUCUUACUCGUGUGCGAGAACGUCAUGAGCUGGAAAUGAUUUGUGAUGUUCUGCAGUGAUGAAAUACUUCAGUGGCACAUUAAAGUAUUUUCCCCUUCAUCUCUAACUCUCUGUGUUCUCUUCUUCCAGUGAUGAAGUCCAGGUGUGUCCUUGCUUUCCUCUGGUUGGCAUAUUUCUGCCAUGGCACUCUGUGCUGCCCGCCACUUUGCAAAUGCUACCGCAGAAGAGCUGAGGUGGUCUGUAAUGAUGUUCCCCUGACAGAGUAUCCCUCCGCGGGUCUCCCGAAGAACACCACCAUGCUGACGAUCCAGUUCACGAACAUCACCUCCAUCUCUGAGCAGCAGCUGUACGCCACGCCCCUGCUGCAAGCGCUCCACCUGUACAAAAACCACCUGCGGAGCCUUUCGCCUAAUCUCCUCAGUGGCGUUCCUUUCCUCAACACUUUGGAUCUCACAGGAAACAAACUCAGGGACCUGCCUGCGGACAUCUUCAACCACGCACCGCUCCGCAACUUGGUGCUGAAGAAUAAUCUGAUUGAAGAAGUCAAAGCUGAGUGGCUCCCUGACAACAGCAGCAUCAACUGGUUGGACUUAUCUGGGAACAAUUUAACGAAGGUCCCAGUUGCUCUGUUUCAGAAGCUGCCCCACCUGGACAAUCUGGACCUCGCCAACAACCGUCUGGAGAAGAUCGCCGCAAAUUCUCUGGACACCCUGACCAAACUUGAGAGGCUAAACCUGCGGAACAACAAGCUCGACACCCUGGAUGCAUCUCUACUUCAGAACACCCGUAACCUCAACUAUCUGUUGCUCUCUAUGAAUAAGUUCAACAAACUGCCCCACAACCUUUUUCAGGAGCUCACUCAGCUCAAACACCUGAGUCUGGAGGACAACCAGCUGAGUCACAUCCCUGCAGGUUUGCUGGAGCCUCUGAGCUCCCUGGAUGAGGAGGGGCUGGACCUGUCCAACAACCCCUGGAUGUGUGACGGGAAGCUGGUGUACCUCCAGAGGUGGCUUCAGAAGAACAACAAGACGGUUUUCCUGCCAGAGACCAUCAUAUGUGCCGGCCCCCAGUCUCUGAUGGGGCGCUCAGUAAUGUCUCUGAGAGAAAGGGAUCUAAAUCUUCAUGCUUUAAAGAUGAACCUCUGGAUGCUCCUGACUUUCACUGCACUGGCUGAAUGCGCCCACUCUUGCCCAGAUCUGUGCUCCUGUUCCUUUCCACCUUCAGGUGCAGAGGUGGUGUGCAGCCAAAGCUCCCUCACACAUUUCCCUGAAGAUGGUUUACCCUCCAACACCACUCGACUAUCCAUCCAAUCCACCAACCUCUGCACUAUCACAGCCACUCAUUUGAGUGCUGUGCCACUUUUAAACGACCUCCAGCUGUAUCACAACAACCUGACUAGCCUUCCUUCAGAUCUCCUGAAGGACGUUCCUCACUUGAACACGUUGGAUCUGACAGGAAACCAUCUGGUUCAUCUUCCUCCAAAUGUCUUCAGCCAUGCCUCACUUCGCAGUCUUGUGCUGAGGAACAAUCUGAUCGAAGAAGCUCAUGCUGAGUGGACUCCUGGCAACAGUAGCCUGACCUGGCUGGACUUGUCUGGUAAUCGUUUAACGGAUGUACCCGUCGCUCUGCUUCAGAAGCUGCCCAAUCUGGAGAAUCUAGACUUGAGUGACAACAAUCUGCAUGACCUACAGCCUGACGCCCUGAAGAACCUGCACCGCCUGGAGACAGUGAAUCUCGCUGGUAACAAAUUAAGAUCCCUGAAACCUACAAUGUUCACACACAACCCCAAACUAUCCCAACUGUUUUUGCAGGAGAAUCGGCUCCAAGAGCUGCCGGCGACUCUCCUCCAGGGUCUCCAGCGUCUUGAUCUUCUGCUGCUCAAUCAGAAUCAGAUGCAGCAUUUACCCCCGGGGCUGCUGGAUGAGACAAAAUCCUCUUUCCGGAUUAUUUUAACGGGAAACCCCUGGGCGUGCGAUGAGAAGAUGGAGUAUCUGUGGAAGUGGCUCACUGUCCAUCCUCAAAAUGUCCUCUUUCUGGAGAAGGUGAAGUGUGCAGCUCCUGAAGCUCUUAAACAACAACAAGUGAUCUCUUUAACUGACAUUGAGCUCGGACUUCACAAGAUUCAAAAUGAGUGAUGAGGAGGUAGCAAAAAUGAUUGUGUUUGUCCUCUACAGUCAAAUGUGAAGGGAUCAUUGUCUGUGUCAAAGGCUGAAAUAAAACUUUUAAAGUACUUAUUUUAUUCAUCACUAUUUUCUUAUGAUCUCUUCAUUGUUUGGAUAAAGUCCAGCCCACCGGGUGGCGUAAGGCACUCAAUAAAUGUUCAAAGCAAUGAGCUGAACAGACAGUGCAGGUCAUUUAAAGAACUCAUUUACUGAAUAGAUACCAGCCAAAGAAAAUCAGUCAAAUCAAAUCGUGAUGUUAAUGUAUUCUGGUUAUAUUGAUUUUGAUCUGUGAGGCACAUAUUCUCAAGGUGAAUUAGUAUAAUUCA